GCUGGAGGUCACGGGGAUUGGAGUGUUGUUGUGUCUUGCGUCGUGAGGUGGUGACGUCUCGUAGCAAUGAGCCGCAAUAAGCCUCGACUCAAGCGAGGACUCAGAGCCAAUCCUCAACAACAGUUACAUGCAACCUUUGUGCCAUGCAACUCCAGAGAUGUCUCCCCGCUGCUUAAAGACACUGCCCAAAUACCCUAGGAGUCUACAUGUGAGCUCACAGUGAUGAUGAGGCCUUUGCACAGCAUCUACCAGGCCUCAAUUCACUCACAGUCCACAGGGUACCCAUACGUCCGUGGAUCCGGAUAUCCUCCAGAUUUCCGAGUUUUUAAUCUACUCCGCACUGGAGCCACGGCCCACAAAUGCCCGAAGAAAAUCUGCAGCCAAAUUCUUUGGUAUAGCAAUCCAAUUCAUCCAGCUAUCCAGCCGUGUCUUUCCCCGAGUUGGCGGAGCACCCAUCUAGACAACCGUAGAUACGCGACGGAUAAAUGCGCGGAUAAAGUGGGAGCUUUCACAAUAGCCAAACUAGAGCACUCCCACCGCCAUCGAAAAUCAAACGGCAGCAGAAGCAGGUACAAAAGGUGCAUCACGACUGCGAUGUUUCUACCAUCCGUCUGUCUAUCUAUUCUUCCAGGAUCUCUGUCGCUCAUACCGUUGCACAAUUUUCACCAAAUAAAUCUCUUCCAUUGUCCCUGAUUGUCCAAGCUCCAGCUAUGCCCGCAACAUACAUCGGAUUCGACCUCUCCUCCUCUGGUUUGAAGUGU